AUGGUAAAUGCUACAAAGGUUUCAUAUUUCGUACUAAGUGCCUACUCAGAUACUGGUGUUUUCAAAUACUUAUAUUUUACUAUUAUUAUGUCUUUAUAUAUUUUCAUAGUCUGUGCCAAUGUUCUGCUGAUUGUAGUUAUCUGUCUGAACAGAAGCUUACAUGAACCCAUGUACCUGUUCCUGUGCAGCCUGUUUGUAAAUGAACUGUAUGGUAGUACAGGGUUGUUUCCAUUCCUGCUGGUUCAGAUCCUCUCUGACAUUCACACUGUUUCUGUGCCUUUUUGUUUCCUGCAGAUUUAUUGUGUUUAUACAUAUGUGUGUGUAGAAUAUUUAAACUUAGCCAUCAUGUCUUAUGACAGAUACCUGGCUAUCUGUUAUCCUCUACAAUAUAACAAAUGUAUGACAUCUAACAAGGUCGCCAUGCUUAUUGCUGUGACAUGGUUUUUCCCUUUUCUUGCCAUUCUAGUUUUGUUAUCAUUGAGUUUGCCAUUACAGCUGUGUGGGAACAUCAUUAAUAGAGUUUACUGUGGAAAUUAUUCCAUUGUUAAACUGGCCUGCUCUGACACCAGAGUCAAUAACAUCUAUGGCCUCAUUUACACAGUCAUCUCAAUCAUCAUUCCUCUCAUUUUAAUCCUUUACACUUACAUGAAGAUUCUUAAAGUGUGUUUUUCUGGCUCUAAACAGACGAGACAGAAAGCUGUCAGUACCUGCACACCUCACCUCGCUUCUCUGCUCAACUUUUCUUUUGGUUGUUGUUUUCAAAUCUUACAAAGCAGAUUUGAUACAAGCAGUCUACCCAAUAUGCUGGAUAUUUUAUUAUCAUUAUACUUUCUAACUUGCCAGCCGCUCUUUACACCUGUACUGUAUGGGCUGAAAAUGUCCAAAAUCUGCGUCAUGUGUAAACGUCUGCUGUACGGUGAAGUGUAGGGGCAACACAGGGCAACUCAGGGGGACGGCUUGGAGGCCUUAUGGACAGGCUGGGCAGUUCAGUGGGGCGACCUGGAGGUCGGGCAAACGGACGGAGCCGCUUUGGAGGCCGACAGCAAGGACCGGGUUUCUCAGGAGGUCGAGGCGAAGGCCAGCAUUGCAGGCGGAGCCCCUCUGGAGGUCGAGCCGGAGGAUGGCGUCGCCCCUCUGGAGGGCGAGCAGGAGGACGGCGGCGAAGACGGGGUCUUUCCGGAGGACGAGCCAGAGGAUGGCGUAUCCCCUCUGGAGGGCGAGCAGGAGGACGAUGGCGUAGCCCCUCUGGAGGGCGAGCAGGAGGACGACGGCGAAGACGGGGUCUUUCUGGAGGGUGACCAGGAGCCGACUGGGUACCAGGGGGAGGAGUCAGCUGGGCUGCCGACAGGACAUGACUUUUCACAACAGGGAUCGGCUGGACCACUGGAGGCGGCACAGAGGCAGGGCCCACCGGAGGCGGCACAGAGGCAGGGGCCACCGGAGGCGGCACAGAGGCAGGGACCACUGGAGGCGGCACAGAGUCAGGGGCCACCGGAAGCGGCACGGAGGCAGAGACCAUCGGAGGUGGCGCCCCGGCAGGAGUCAACAACACCAAGAGCCACGUGGGCUGAGUCAGGGCAAGAAUCAAUGGGGGUGGCGCCCUGGCAGGAACCACGAGCGGAGGUGACGUCACGGCUGGAGCCAGGGGAAAAGGUGACACCACAGUCGGAACCAGGGGAGAAGGUGGUGACGUCACGACAGGAACCGGGAGAAGCAGUGACGUCACAACAGGAGCCGUCGUCGACGCCACUGGAGAACACAGAGUAG